UCGUCCAGUAAGGUUGGUGAUGGAUCGCUCGUGAGCAGCUCGUGAGCUGAAGACGACGGCGACGCAAGAGAACGCUAUACCACAUUCCGUACGCGACGCGCACACAGCGAUCGGCGCUGACUGGUGCUUAAUGUUCUGUGUCCGCGGACAAACACCAAAGCCACAGGCGAACAGGCGCGUGCACAAGUGCUAAGCACGAGUCAGAACAUCGGUGAAUGGAUGUAGCUGACCAGUGUUGAGUACAACAAAUAAGAAAGGAAGGAACGAGGCAUUGAGUACUGAGACAACUAGUUCCUUGUGUCUUCAGAAACAGUGACAGCGCCGAGUGUCCGUGCGUGCUAAUGAGAACGUUCGAGGGCGAGAGCGAAUUUCAAUCGGCAUCGUGAUCGCAAAUACAAAAACCAUAAAGUGUGCAAUCUGCAGUGGUCGUACAGUCGUGAAACAAGUGCGUUCGGAAGGUGCCGUGUUUCUCGUGUUGCUCGCGUUAAAGUCACAGCGCGGACAGCGACACAGACUGUGGCCGCUUCGUGGUGGUGCGCACCACUGGGAAUCGGUGCCGAACAUGGCGUUCCGGAUCCGGCUUGGCACGGCAGGUUGGCACCGGAACCCACUUCGGCGAUGCUAGAAGUGGAGCGGAGCGAGCAAGCGAACGCUGAAGCUGGGAAAAGGCUGCCUAUCUAGGGCUCCCUCUUUCACCGUGUCGGUGUGUGUUUGUGGUGCGGCAAAAGGGUGCCAAUUGCGUGUGCGUUAGUACACCGUCUGGGUGUGAGUGUUCCGUUUUGGAAUCCCUUUAUUUCGGUACCGCCAAACACCCGCGAAGUGAUAACCGGUGCGCCUAUGUUUCUGUGCUACAAUUCCGCCUCCAUGAUGCCGUCCGGAUAUCGAGCAGGCAAUGGUCACAUCGCGCCACACCCGGCCGUCGCCAUCAACGGGCACAUUAGUGAAUUCACGGCGGCGGACAAGUAUUACACAAAUGGCGGGGUGCCGAAGUUACGGAACGGCGCUUGGACCAACGGGGGACCACAGGAUCAUCAGUCGACGCUUUCGAGACCCCGAUCGGCCGAGGUCAUCACGGUCAAUGGCAAUGGAACGCUGCCGAACGGCCGGCACGCCGUCAGCAACGGUGGUGGUGUGCUAUCGCGUGGACCGGGAGGGCUCCACGAGGAUCUCGAGUUUCCGCCCGCCCCAAGGACGCUCUCCAAGAAGAAGCAGAUCGUCUGGAUGCGACCACACGACAUGUGCGCGAGGCCACAGUUUCGUAUUGCCCCGCCAGGAACACCGCUGACGGCUCGAGAGCUACCGGAACCCGUCGGCCCGGGUGAUCCCAGUCUGUUGGCCGCCCUCGGAUGCUUAUCGCAGCUGCCGCGGCUAUUGGAGCGGGUCGUGCCACCGGAACAAACCUUUGAUGCAGCCAACGGUUACUGUGGGAUGUUCAAAUUCCGGUUUUGGCAGUGGGGCAAGUGGAUAGAGGUGCGUGUUGACGAUCGGCUGCCGACGCGCGGUGAUCGACCAGCGCACCUGCACUGCGCCCAGCCAGACAUCUUCUGGGCCGCGCUGCUGGAGAAAGCAUAUGCCAAAUUAUAUGGAGGCUACUCAUUCCUGAAGUAUGGAACGGUUGGACGUGCCCUGCAGGAUCUGACGGGUGCGGUGGUACAGAGUGUACCGCCCAGUGGGCCACUACUUGGUGGAGCGGUUCCAAGGUCAACGUUGCUGAUCGCCAUCAGUGGAGUGGAAAAGGAAACAAAACGGCGCCGAUCGGGAUUGCUGACCGAACAUCCUUACUGCGUCACUGGAUUGGCGCGUGUACGGGCCAACUCAACCGAUUCGGUCACCCACGGCAGUGGCUCAUCGUCCGGCGACACUAGCCUCAUCCGUCUCCGCAGCCCCUGGAUCGGUGGCGAAUGGGGUGGCGUUUGGUGUGGUGCGUGGUCCGAGCGAAGCUGGGAAUGGAAUGCCCUGAACGAGCGAGAUCGUGAGCUGCUCUCGUCCCGUUCGUCCAACGAUUGCGAAUUCUGGAUGUCGGUGAACGAGUUCUUGACGCGAUUCGUCGUUAUCUGGUUGGCACACAUCGGGCCCGACGAUUGGGCGCUCGAACCGGGACUGCAUACGCGCGCUCCAUGGCGCGCUGCGUUGGCCGUUAGGCAGUGGCGUGCGGGGUUUAACGCCGGUGGUCCGCAUCGGUUCAUUGAGACGACGGCCACGAAUCCCCAGUUCCGGAUCCGUGUACCACCGGGCCAUCCCUCGAAGGCACACGUCGUGGUGGCGGUGGCGCAAAAGUACGAGUGCUACCGAAGCAGGAACUACGAGGACGAGGAGAUCGGAUUCACCAUCUACGAGGUACCGCCCGGGAUGCAGCGUGUCACACCGCAGUACGUCAGUGAACAGAUGCCGCUGGACUUUGCGCCACUCUCGAAUCUACGGGAGAUCGCAACGUUCUUUGCGCUACCCGCGGGUGACUUUGUGGUGAUGCCACAUGCGGCCCAGCAUCGUGAAGGACGCUUCCUGCUGCGGAUUUUCGCCGAUCAGCACACGGAUGUGUGGGAGGUGAACGAGGAGAAUCUGGUGAUUCACAACAUUGCGGCUGACUUUUGCGACGAGCGGACGAUCGAUGCGCGAAUUCUCUACAAACUGCGCUCUCGGUAUCCUCACGAGAUCGACGCUACACAGCUGCAGGCCAUUCUGAAGGCGCACGGUGGCACUAACCGUGGUUUUCGGGGGCUGGGCGGUAUUAACUGUGGACCAUCGCUGGAGCUUUGCCGUGGAAUGCUCGCCUUGCGCGAUCCGGCGCUCGGUGGACGACUCUCGAUUGAGCACGUGCCGGCCCUGAUUGGAUUGAUGCGCUUCUGGAAGGCGGCCUUCCGACGCUGUGGACCAUCGUCCUCGGGAACGGCCACGCUGAGUCGGGGCAUUUGGGCGUCGAAGGUGUCUUCGUACUGUUUGCGUGGGUUGCUGUGGGCCGGUGGUGCCACCGCUAGCAACAAGGUGCUGGAAGCGCUCGUCAGCCGCUUCACGCGCAAUCGUCAGAUCACGCUCGAGGGGUAUCUGUUGUCGAUGGCACGAUUGCAUCUGGCUCAUGAACGCUACCAUAGUUUGGAUGCCAAAGCGAAAGCGAGCCCCUUGUCACUAGAAGAGAUGAUUCUAAUGACGAUUUAUUCGUGAGCAAACAAAGCAACAACACACUGUCGACGACACCUCACCAAAGAAGCAGGAACCGGAAGUUGCGCUCCGACAACGGCAGCUACUAGACCAUUUUGUUAUUAUUCUGUGUUUGUAUUUGUAUCUUCUUUUUUUGUUUUCGCGAAUCAAAUUGCAUCGAACGGAUGGUUUUUGUGCGCGGCGAAAGGAGUUAGGGAGCCUUUGAACAAUUGUAAGUAGCGCAGCAGGAGCAGCAAAAUAGGAAAUUUGAAAGCUGAGCAGCGGUGUGUUGUUUGAAUGGCCUGGCCAAAAAGUGCAAGCAAGUGCUACAAAAACGCACCCAGGCUAUAAACAGGCAAACGACAACUUCAAAUGCAAUACUAAGUUAAAUUGACUGAUCAUUAAAUAA